AUGAAUCCACAGCAGUUUCAGAACAUGGUGGGCUUGGGUCGAGGCAUACCCAACAACAUGCAACAACAAAUGGCCAUGGCAAAUCAAAUGGGCGGGCAGAUGACGGCACAAAUGGGACAAAUGGGGCAAAUGGGACAGAUGGGACAGAUGGGCCAAAUGAACCCCAGACCUGGCCAAAUGGGUGCGGGAAUGGGAAGGCCUAUGCCACCGCAGAUGGCUGGACAGAUGAGCCUGAACCACCCUUCGGUCCAACAACAUAUCUUCGACAUGUUGAACUCCCAGGGACCUUUCACUGGCUGGCAAGCCAACGUCCAUAUCCGUGAACGAGCCGGCCAGAUCAAGUUGCUCGUCGACUCUCUUCGUCUAGUGAGGCCACCGGUCGAGCUGCCUCGUGCGAUCGAAGUCGCUCUCCAGUUCGAGCGCAAGUGUUUCACCCAAUCUGCGAGCAGAGAAGACUAUGUUCGAGAGUGCAGCGAGAAGUUAGGGAGGAUCCGCGACCAGCGAGCCCAGCAGAUGAACCAGUCUGCUGCCGGCGUCAUGCAAGGCAUGCAGGGCAUGCAGGGUAUGCAGAUGCCUAACCAAAACUUCAUACCACAGAUACCACCCAACCAGCAAAUGCAAAAUAACAUGUCUCUGCCGCCACACCUGCAGCAGCAACUCCAGCAACAGCAGCAGCAGGCGUUGCACAGCUCGCCUGUUUUCAAUCAGCCCCAACCUAUGAUGAACCAAGCAAGUCAGUCCGCUCCCAACCAAUCCAUGAUGGCCAUGAUGCCCGGUAAUGUUCAGCAAAAGCAGACUCAGCUGCCCGAGUUGACCCCCGAAGACAACAAGGCCAUAAACCUGAGAGCGGCCGAGCUGGCAAAAAGCACCCCCAAAGAGGAGAUGCGCAACAUUGUCGAGAAGAUGAACCCGCAACUAAGGCAGAACUUGGCUCAGAAGGCUGUCGACCCCAUUAUUUACUAUUUUCGCAUGCUCGCGACCAAAGAGUUCCGACGGCGAAAACAAAUGGAGGCAGGGUUGGGGGGCACCGGGAAUGCUGGCCAGAUGAAUAAUACUGCAAACAUGAUGGGACAGAUGCAAAACCAGUCCACUCCGAACUCGAUGGGACAGACAAUGAUCGCCACGAAUGGGAAUCCGCUCAUGGGUGACAUGGGCCGUUUCCAAGGCCAGCAAGCUGAAGGAUUGAGAUCCCAGGAAGGUGGUGAAUUGGUAGUUCCUGCGAGCAGUGCGCCAGGCAUGAUGCCGGACCAGCUACGUCUUCAGCAGCAGAUGAUGGCUAACCAGCGUAUGGGGCAACAAAACCAGGCCGGCAACUUGAACCCAGCCUUCAUUGCACAGCAACAGCGCAUCCAACAAGCUCAGGCUACCAAAUUGCAACAGGCCCAACUUCAAGCACAGAAUCAAGCUCAAGCCCAAGCUCGUGCUCAAGCCGCAGUUGUCCAGGCUCAAAUGGCCGGUCAACGGCGGGACAUGCAAGCAAUGCCCCAGUCCAACACACCCCUAUCUGCCAUUAACCGGCCUGUUGGACCCAAUGUCUCGGGAGCUAGCCCGCAAACGAUCCCUCGGCCUGGCUCAGGAACUCCUAUGAUGAAUCAGCAGAUGCAGCAAAUGAAUAACGUGGUACAACAAGGCCAGCAACAACCGCAACAGCAGCAACAGCUGAGUAUGCAAGAGAUGCAAAAGCGCGAGCAAGCCCUGGCUAGCUUUCCUGUACCUCUGCAAACGAUAUUGCGUCAAAAGCCACAGUCUGAAUGGCGCAAUAUACUCCAACAAUUUCAGCAGAGUGGUCAAAUGAAAAGGAGUAUAUCACAACAGCCACAGGGGAUUCAACCACAGCAACAGCAACAAGCUCCAAUGGCUCCAAUGCAGAAUAAUGCGUUCGUUGGCGGCGCGAACAUGGGUGCAAUGCCCAUGCAACAGUCGCUGUCGGCUGGAGCCGUUUCUCAACAGGGUCAAGAGAUGACCGGAAUGCAACCUGGCAACCAGGGACAAAUGCAACAGAAUCAGCAGGAGAUGAUGAGGCAACGCCAGAUGCAGAUGCAGCAGCAAAAACAGCAGCAGCAGCAGCAACAACAACAACAACAGCAGCAGCAACAACAGCAACAACAGCAACCGACGCAGGGACCCCAAAAUGCCCAGGGACAAACACAAGGUCCUCGUCAACAGUUGACGGCUCCACAAAUGAAGCUGAUGGAUCAGCAACCGGUGCCGCCCACGGUCUUGAGCAGUAUAAGACAGCAUGCUGCGUUGCCCGAAAUACGGACCUGGUACCAACUCAAACAAUGGCUGCUUUCUAACCCAGUUGCGAACUGGCACAUUCCUCAUGUAUUGGACAUCCAAGCAAUACAUUUCGCACACAUCAUGAAAAACCGUGGCCAAAAUCUGCAGCAACAGCAGCAGCAGCAACAACAACAACAACAACAGCAGCAGCAACAUCAGCAGCAAAAUGCCAUGGCAGGUCAGGCUCCAGGACAAGCACCUCAGCCAAUGCCCCAACCUCCAAUGCAACCUGCUCCGAGCCAAACUCCUGUUGUCCCUCCUGGUGUCCCUCCUGGACCGAUGCCAUUCCGAACCCCCACAGCCUUCGAUAUUCAGAAGGUCCGGGCUGCCAAUCCUCGCGUGGCGAACUUACCGGACGAACAGAUUAGAGCCAUCCUCAUCAACCGACAUCGUCAGGUACAGGCAAAGAAUAUGCAGCAGCAAGCUAACCAACAAGGGAUGCAGCAGCAAGUUCCCCCAAUGCCACCGCAAACAGGUCAGGUAAACCCUGCGGGACAGCAAUUUGGUGUCCAAGCACCUGUCCCAAAUCAAUCUCCUGCCCAGGCUCAACAGCAAAUUCGGCCUCCGUCCGUCUCAGCGCCAGGACAACCUCGCCCACCACAGACCCCAGCGCAGCCUGAAAACAGAAAUCUCAAACGGCCUAAUGAUGACGAUGUGGUGGAGAUUCCAAACCAGAACAAACAAGCUCAACAACAAGUGAACGGCAACAAGCCCCAAGGGUUUCAAGCUCUGACAAAGGAACAGAUCAACGCGCUGGAUCCGGUAAAGAGACAGCAGUACAAGAAUUAUCAGCUGCAGCACGCUGCAAUGCGGAAAAUCGUGGAACUCACCAAGGAAGUUCAAGCCAGUAUGCCGAAGCUGCGGCCUAUCACAAACAUGGACGCGAAUAGCAGGAAGCGCAUCACUGACGUUUUGACAUCUGUCAACGUAAAGAACAUGCUUGGCAGAUUCGACUCAUUUCUUGUCGCGUUCUAUCGCAUCGAGCCAAACGAUGCCGCCAUCAAGCAGCUGGUGCUCCAAAAGAUUCAGUUGUUCUCGCAGUACAAACCGCAGUCGCUGCAGAACAAGAAUUAUGAACCGGCCGACCACUUCAGUAUUACCGCCGACAACGCUGAAGGGAUUGUUAGCAACAUCACCGCCAAGUUUCAACAAACUGCCGCACAGAUACCUAACAACAAAGCCCGCCCACAACCGGCGCAGCUCACGCCGGAAAAUCUCAGUUUGCUGGAGGCGCAGGAGAAAGAACGCAAACAAUCUCUCAAGAUUAAUCAAGCCCCUCCUGCCCCAACGUCCACUCAGCCACCCUUUCAGAUUGGAGACCCAAGAGGGCAAGGUACUCCCAGAUACGCGACUCCUGGACUUAAACAAGAAGACCUUAAGCUCCCCAGUGACCCUAAGCGGCGGAAGAAGAACCAACAGCAGCCUGCAAGUACAACUACGACGACCCCUACCGUGGUUACCUCUCCACAGACGACCAAAACGCCCAAACCUGCCGAGAUGUUUAGGUGCCCAGUCAACGGAUGCGAUCAUCAGCUCAAAGGGUUUGCAACUCAAGCCGAACUCGAUCACCACCACAAUGUCGCCCACAAGCUGGACAUGGAGCCUGUCACUGAUCCCCUUGCAUUUCUCCAUGAUUCGCUGCGCUCUGCCUUCAACCUGGACGAAAACUUCAAUCAGAUCAAAAAGACCUUCCCCAAGUCUGAGGGCAAGGCUACAGGAGCGAGCAACGUUAAGAAUGAGAGUUCUGCGGAUACGCCUGUACCCAUGGCCAAGAUUCCCAGCCAAGGGGCUGCAGGCACGGCUAUCAGAGACAGUGAUGUCUCGAUGGAAGAUGACAACCCUUGGAAACACAGCAAUAUCACGUUGGAUCAAUUGCGCGUCGCCUUUGGAGGUGACGACUGGGACGAGCUCUUUCCGUCUGAGGAAAAACUGUUUGAACAACAGUCCAAGUUCUAUGAGGCGUACCGCAACAACAGCGAACGAUGGCAGAAGAUAGUGGAAGGGCCCAAUGGCGCCUUGACCGACACCUCUACCGAAAAGUCCAAGAGCCCAGAGAUGGCCAGCGACAAGGAGGGUUCGGCCGCGACGGCAUCGCGUGAAGACAAAAAGGACACAGUGGAGAAAAAAGCCGAAGACGAUCAAUGGAAAGUCAACCUUGAUGGAAUUGAGGGUCUCGAUCUCAGUGGGUUUGAAGACAUGUCUCCUUUCGAAAACAUCAAUGAUUUGGAUGUCAUGAUGGGCGAGGACGGCUCUCCAUUCGAACCCGUCGAGAAACCACAACUGUCGAAUGCACAGAUUCAUCUUCAAGCUCUAGGCGUGGACCUCGAUCAUCCAGAAACCUGGACUGAGCAGCAUAAAGCACUGGUACACGAUCUGUUGGAUAUGUGA